AUGGCCCAAAGAUUGAUUAAGUCCCAAAGGGAUUACACUCUCAAAACAAGUCUAAGCCCAUCUGAGAUUAAAUGCAGCCGAGAGCCAUACUGCUCUCCGAACCCUAUUAAUGUAACAAUAACUGACGAGUGCCCAGGUGCAUGUAACAAUGUUCCAUUCCAUUUUGAUUUAAGCGGGACUGCUUUUGGUGCAAUGGCGAAUCCAGGACAUGCUGAUAACCUCCAUAAUCUCGGCCAAGUUGAUAUUCAAUAUCGAAGGGUGCCAUGCUACUAUGGGAAAACAAAGAUCGCUUUCAAGAUUGAUGCAAAGACAAACCCUAACUGGUUCGCAACUGCAAUUGAGUUUGAAGAUGGUGAUGGUGGACUUAGGUCAGUGGAGAUAGCUUCGCCUGGUAGUCAACAGUUUGUUCCAACGAAGAAUAUUUGGGGUGCGGUUUGGGAAGCCGACGUCAGCCCAUCUUUCCAUGGCCCAUACUCGUUCAGGCUCAAGUCUCCAACCGGCAAGGUAGUGGUAACUUCUAAUGUCGUUCUGAAUGGCUUUGUACCUGGUCAAACGUAUUUCUCAAACGUCAACUUUUAG